AGUUCCUUGCAACUGGAGCUUUAUUUUUUUUCCCCCUCUACUCUCAUUUCUGGGCCUAAAAUCAGGUUAGUGUUUUAUAAGAAGCUUAGCGCAGAGGGCCACAGUGUGCCACUAAUGUAAUAGAGUACAUCUCUCUCUCUCUCUCUCUCUCUCUCUCUCUCUUCUCUUCUGUCCUCUUUUCUCUUUGUGCAUUUGCUUGUCCUGUCAUGGAGUGUCCUUGUCUCUCUCUCUCUCUCUCUCUCUCUCUCUCUCUCUCUCUCUCUCUCUCAGCCAGUUUUUCUCUCUCCUUCCACUUCCCUCACUCCCUUCCCUCUGCAUCUCCCUCCGUCUGCAGAUGUGGACGACGCAAGCCUGAGGUUUAAACAUUAGGACAGUGACACAGCCGAGACAAGACAACUUGGCGUAGAGAGGAGGACAAAGAGGCGGAAGAGAAGCAGAGGUGCUGCUAUUAGACGUUGGUCCGAUGGAGUCUUUCUCUGGAGAUACAGAAAGCACUGAAGACAUUCCAGGACGUAAAAAGUCCAAGCUCAAGUCUCUGAAAACUCGUCUCUUCGGGAGGAGUAAGAGAGCAUGUGGAGAUGGAAACGCCAAACUCAGCCAGUCAGAAAGUGACAUUACGGCAGGAAAGGGACUCGGAUCAGAGGAAGAUUUGGCAUGUUCCGAGGGGAUGAUGGGAUCACGGGCAUUGUCCCAUGACAGCAUCUUCCUGGCUGAUCUGGUCCUGACAGACGCUAAACCAGCCAGGGUCUUAUCCCAGGAGAAUGUCCACAGCAAGAUCAAAGCUCUGCAGAUGAAGCUUCAGCAGCAGAAGAUGCAUUUGGGGCCGCCACCUCUGGUUCUGCCAAUCAGACGACCAGAGGAUAUGGGAAGCCGCUUCGAGGAUGACGGUCUUCCCCACAGCCCCACCGAGAUCUCAGGAGGUGACGUCACAACCCAGGGAGCCCUCAGGAAGACCACAUCCCAGCCAUCCUCUUGUCCACUCUCACCCAUCCCCAAAAUUGCACCUACCAAAUCUGUGCCCCUGACUGCAUCACUCCCUUUGCCUCUUUCUGUCCCCUCCAAUUCUUCUGUUGUUGAGCCCCCGUUGGACUUCAGUUCUCCGGCCAAGUUCACCCCCUGCCUGGAUACCUCUGCUGCACGCCACCGGAUGUCCGUCAAGCCCAGAAACCGGAGGGGUAGCACUAAGAAGAGACCGCAUGGAGAUGACUCUAGGUCUCACUUAUACACCCUAAACAACAUCAACCACUCUGAGUCUGAGAGAGAAGAAGAGCGAUGGCUUAGUGCACAAGAGGAGGUGACAUCGGAAACAGAACAAGGAGGUGCCGUCAUUCCUAUUACAUCUCAGCGUCUUCCUUCAAAAUUCCCAGAGGUGGCACCAAUCAUGUCAGAGGCAGCAUCCAAAUCAUCCAGCCUAACAUUUUCCCAACAGGACCAAGCUCUUCCUGGGAGAGUGCCCUCUGUACCCUCCCAGUUACUUAGAGUUAAGCCUCACAGACCAGCAGAUGUAAUGUCCAGUGAACGGCCACGGUCAUCCUUUAUACAGUCAGAACUGAAGGACAAAAGAGAGGGGGAUUUUGAGAUACAAGUGUUGUCCCAUGACAAGAGAAAUACUCUAAACAAGGCUGGAAUGACGGAAGUCUCCUCCGACCAGCUCUCCACUGCCUCCGGCUCAGUGGUGGCGUUAAGGUCUUCCUCUGUUCACCAGCAGGUUCAAGGUGAGACAGAAAGCACAAGAGAAAUAAAGAGACCUGCCCCAGGAUCUGGAUCUUUCCAUUUCUCCAUUACCACUGCCAAAAGCCAAGAUGGAGAAAGACCCAGAUCAGGCAGUUUUGUGGGAGUGCUGAAACCGACUGAAGCCAAGCACAGAACAGAGGAUAAACCCUUUUCAAACAUGAGGGAAAAGGAAGAACUUGGAGACUUACAGCCAAGAGGGGGCAACUUUGCUUUGGGAAGACUUAGACAAGAGGGAGCUCUACACAAAAGCCCAGUUCUUCCAUGGGACAAGAGGGACAGCCUCAAAAAGGUGGAAUCAGUGACACCAUCUAAAAAUGUAACCACAGAUACAGGCGCUGUAGAGGGGGGGGAGGUGGAGAGCAGCCAGGAGGUGGUGGAAGACGCAUUGGAAGCACAAGAGUUCGAGGAGGAAGAAGAUGGAAAGACAGCGUUUGGUAUUAAACUGCGCUCCACAUCUCAGUUGACGAGACUUCGGUCUGAUGCCUCUUCUAACCAUAACUCAAAGCCACCAGUGUGCGAGGAGCAAUGUGACAAACAAAAAAGACAAGAAAUAAGUGAUGCCAGCUACAUGAAUAAAACACUGUCAACAAACAUCUCUUGUACACCAUCCGCCUCUGCAGACCUCCGACUGACUGAUACAACCCCAUCUGGGCUCUGCCUUCCAGUUAAGCAUAACCCACCAUCUACUGGCGAUCUUCACAUCAUGCCAGCUGUCCAAACAACCUCCUCAAACCUCAAAGAAGUUGAAACUGCCCUCGCAGUGUCUCAGGAGCCCCAGCCUGCCCCCCAAACGGCCUCAUCUGAGGUGUCCUGGAUGAGCUUGGCGAUGGAAAAGACCAGAAGCCUCCAACAGCUUUUUACUAGUAGAUUUCCCAGAGAUUUUACAGGCGUGCAAACAGUGGCUCGACCACAAGCACAAGUGCAGACAACAAAUCUAACAGAGACACAGACUGGGGCACAAAUACAGACUGUAAAAAUACAACAAAGUGCAACACCACUAGAGGCUGCAAAUCAACCAUCAACUGAUGCAGUCAAAGCAGAAACUGUGCAAAGUAGAAAUCAAGCACAGACUGUCAAACCAUCACUAAUGGCAGUGCAACAGAAGACAUCAACAGCAUCUCCUGUUCAGUCAGUCUUUAGAGAACAACAAACAUCAAAACAAACCAAUGAACCCCACUCACUGUCACGUAACACUCAGUCUGUGUCUGUACAGACCAACGCACGGACAACCCAGUCUCCGUUGCACUCUUCUACACAAACAGAGACCUCAUCUCAGUUUGCACAAGAGAGUGUCACGCAGUCCCAAUCUUACCUUUCCUCGGGCCAGCAGCAACCCCCCUGGAGCAACCGAGGUCUUUACCCCGCAAACCAGCUCAAAUCCACAACUUCAGCUCUGACGUCAGUUUCUACCACCUUGUCAGCUACAACGCCUCCUCCAGUUUCUGCCUUGGGAAGAGGGGAAAGAGAGGCCACCAUGCAGGAAAAAGAGGGUGCAUCACUGUCAGGAAGACGGGCAGUUUGGGCUGGGUCAAUAAGCGAGAAGGCUUCUUUUUUGGAGAAACGGGCAGAGUGGACCUCUCCACCUGGAACCAAGGGGGUGGAAUUGAAGAAAGCUCAAACAGAAGCACAGACAUCAGGUGAAUCUCCUGCCUCAGCCAUAACCACGCCUCUAAGCAAAGACACAAAACCAGAGGGAAGACAAGGAGUAAAACCUGCAGAGUCAAGUCCCUACAAAGUUCCAGACAGGCCUUGUGAGGACAAAUGGCUGCGGAAAAAAGGGGCGCCAUCUUCAUCGCCCUCAUCAUCACCUACAAUGCCAUCAGCGUUGCAGUCCAUGUCUGACAGCGGACAGCCGUCCUGGAUGGAACUAGCAAAAAGAAAAUCAAUGGCCUGGAGUGAUAAGUCCAUGGACUGAGAGGAAAAACAGACAGACAGACAGACAUAUUGUUUUUGACACAAAAAUAUGAACAUAAAACAGCCCAGCAGACAAAUUGUUAUAUUGAAUUUUUGGUGAGCCUGUCAGAAAGGUCUUGAAUCAACUCUGUUGAGGCUAUUGUGUUUGUGUAUUGAAUUGUAAAGUGUUAAUGUUAUAUUGAGAGACAGACAGAUACAGAGAGAGAGAGAGAGAGAGAGAGAGAGAGAGAGAGAGAGAGAGAGAGAGAGAGAGAGAGAGAGAGAGAGAGAGAGAGAGAGAGAGUAUAUAUAGAACAGGCCCAAAUUAAUUAUAAUCCCUCUCCACCACAAGCACUUCAAGAUAAUUGGUAUUUCUGAAUAAUGUUUUAUGUGAUUUACCACGUCACUGCUGUUAAUAGUUUGUUAAAUAAUAAAAUUUCUAAUGUUAA